AUGACUUAGUUUUUCCCACUUCGCCUUCACUUACCCCUCCAUGUCGGCUCGUCGCCAAUAUUCUGACAAGCAUACACUUCCGGAGAACCCCACAUACAGAACAAUUGAUUACUCAGAUGGAAAGGAGGACCAUUGGCCACGUAAUACCACGGAAGUCGUGGACGAGGAUGGUCAUGUCAAUUUCAUGCAACCAAUUGAGCUCGACAACUCAAUUGCGAUUCGGUGGCGGGCUUCUAUUGGUGCAUCUGUGGCAAAUUCGAUGAAAUGGCCUGUGGGUCCUUCCUACGUUUUGCAAGACUGGCCGGCAGGUUAUCGCAUGUAUGACCACCACAAAGGGCUUCAAGGUGCGCCGAGGCACGAUAUCUACCUUUUCGGAGGCCCAAGCCGUUUCCGCUCCAUUGCUGAAUUCGUUCCCCACGCCAUCUGGCUCGCGAACAACAUGACAACCAAUUGCGGAUGUAAAUACUGUACCAAGAAGCCCCAACGUGAAAUCACCACCGACAUAAGCAAGGCUGGCAUAUUCUCUCCUCUUCUCCGCACCGGUAUUGCUGGUCUCCAUCGUUCACGUCAAUUGGAAAAACAGAGCGCUCUGCGACAUGUCGGUUUCCAUGCAUCAGUACAAAAAACUUCUAAAUUGAAGCAGUCCCGUCGUAUCACCAAAAUUCCCCUAGUCGUAGAGCGAGAUCAAGACCUCCGCGCCGUAUGUUGUCACGCCGCUCACAAAAUGCGACUUAAACGGUGGUACAGGGAAGGAGAAGUUGUCUGGGUGGCGCUGGACGGCCCGAUCUCAUUGUCGGGUGAUAAGGGUGAAAUUACGUUUUGGCCCGUGAUCAUCGAGGAGGUCAAAAUUCAGAAAACCAUUAACCGGCUGAAAGACCGGGCGAACUUGGUGCCUUUACCUCCUGUCGAAAUGGGCGAACCAAGUGAACAAUCCGAAUCUGUCCUUCAACCCGUGCGCGUACCUCCAUGGGAGGUGACAGAGACGUAUGCAUACAAAGUUAAAUUCUUAGCUGUCUCGCGCAUAUAUACUGUUGUCGACAGUCAAGUUCUCCCAUAUCGAGCCUACCUUCCCCCGAGCAAUGUAAUCACAUUUAUGCAUUCCCUUCAGCCAGAGGCAUUCAAUUUUGACAAAGAGUUCUUACAAACCUGCAAUCCACAGAGCUCCCCUCCUCCCUCUUGGCGGUCCGUCGUGUCAGCAUAUGCCUUCGCGCUCCAGAUAGGGGACUCUUUGGCUGCGUUCUGGAAUAUGACUGACGAAUGGCAAUUCAAGUUCACACCGCAGGCGCCGGUCAAACAACAACAACCACAAUUCUCCCUCACUGAUGCAAUUAUGGCUGCCAGUAGUCAGAAUACUGCAUUGCACCAGGCGGAGUCUUCAUCAAUUCCUACCGCUGCACCGCCAUCUUCCAGUUUCUACUCCAGUUUCGAUCCGUCGGGGUUCCGUGAUGGGCUCUCAUCCCAGGAAAAGCAGGCUGUGGCUGAGGAUAUACUCGGUCCAUCUCCAGUGAUAGGACAGACCAUCGAACAGCUGAAUUUCCAAGGCAUGUGGUGGGGCGCUGAACGCAUCUGGGUGAACGAGAUCGUGCUACUGAAGCCGCUCCGGGCUGUCUUGGCGCCAGAAGGCACCGAGCACAUCUUACCUCCCGCUGGACCCGGAAAAGCACAAACGGAGCUAUGUCACAGGCUCGGACGAUCGCCCAAGGAGUACGGAGCGGGCGCAAGGGGGUUGUUCAUGAGGCUGGAGAGGUUGUUUUUGGUUGAAGGAUUUUCGGGGAGUCAGAAGACGAAGGAGUGCCGUGCAAGUGGCGUGCUAUAUGAGCUCGCUGAUAAGGACUGGGAGGAUCCCGACAAGGUGAUUGAAAAUCCUUCCGCGAGUGAGAGUAUUUCUUCGGGUCCCAUGCCACCUGCGAGCACCCAAAAGCCACUGUCAAAUUUGCAGCCGAGUCCAGUUUCACCUUACCUUCUGCCGGAAGCGCCUGAAGGAUAUUACUUUCGUCCCAUCCUCAAGGAUGGUUACGAGAUGACGAUUUCGCUCACCAUGAUCAGCGGGCGGUAUUAUCCCAAGAUCCUUACGCAUCACCUUUUGAAAGAUAUUGUUCAUGAAGCGAUAGGAUGUGAUGCCAAAACGAGUCUGGAGAGAAACAAGCACUUAUGGUCCUUGGAAGGACUAAAUGCCGGCUAUGUUAACUCGGUGGAUCCAACGAAGUACAAAAUUGAUAGGACGCAGAUGAUUAGGGAUGCAGAUCGUGUUAGCAGAGAACUCAUAACCAAUUUUCUCGAGCCAAAGAAGCGACCAGAGGUAGAUGAGCUGAUGGAUGUUGUAUAGAAUUUUGUUGCUUUAAUAAUGAUCAUGUAGAGCAUGAUGUGUAAUGUACGAAAGCUUCUCAAGACAAUAUGCCGG